AUGGCUCACAACGACUACUCGGAGGCGCCACCGCCAUAUGAUUCCGCAUUUGAAUACACCGCGGAUGAAAAGUUCGACGCCGACUUUGUCCUUCCACAAGAAUCAGAUGAGCCUGGUUUCGCAGUUUCAUCCACUUUGUCAAGAGGACUCCAGGUGCCUUCACGAACUUCAGUCACCAGCUCUGGAUUUGACUACCCGGAAGAACUCACACGCUAUGGGGUAUCCCCCGAGCAUUGGUGCCAAUUCACACAAGCAAUUCAAGAUGAAGCCAAGCUCUCUCGGCAACAGUGGACCACCGUGAUCGGCCGAGGUCUCGGAACGCUUGCCGUCGGCGGGCUCAUGAUCGGCUUCCUUAGCGCCUUCCCGGCUCUGCUGGUCGCUCGCAAAUCUCAAAAAAACCAAGAACGACGAAAUUUGAUCGCCAGUAUGGCCGGUGCGCGUGGACAGCAUUUGACACGCCAUAUCUCGCAUUGGAAUCAGACUUUCUUCCGACCUCGCGGGGUCUUGAUUCGCGUCGACCUGCCAAAUGAGUAUCUCGACGACAUGACGAGUAUGAAUCUUCAUACGAAUAAAAAGAAGCCUCGAUCGGAUCAAGAGGCACGCGAGAAAGCAGCUCUAAAGGCACGGAUCGUGAUUAUUCCCCUAGAAAGAUCCCCGGUGGCAUCUGGGAGCACUUCAAGAAGACUUUCAUAUGCAUAA